UUUAAGAAACGUAGAAACUGUACAGGAAGCAGUCCAGCUAAGGAAGCUAUAACUGUCAGCAGCUCUUUGGUAAAGUAAGCAAGUCUUGAAUAUAAAUAACACAGUUUGCUGACACACCGCAGAAGAAACCACCGUCAGUGCAGCAGAGAGUAAGACUCCACUCAGAAGUGAGGUUUUUUUUCGGACACUUCUAUGACGAUGAGCAGCAUUAAUUUGGAGGGGACAUCCAACAACUCAAGUUUUUAUGAUGACGAUUAUAACUAUACUGAUUUUGACCUCACUCCCUAUCUUCCCUGUGGGAAGGAUGAAGUCAAAGCCUUUAAGAAGAUCUUCCUCCCGGUGCUGUACACCACGGUUUUUGUUUUUGGAAUGCUAGGCAACAGCUUCCUGAUCCUUAUGAUACUCAAAUAUCUCAAAUUGAAAACAAUGACUGACAUCUACCUGCUGAAUUUGGCCAUCUCCGACAUUCUGUUUGCCGCCUCCCUUCCCUUCUGGGCCACCUACGUGACCUCAGAGUGGAUCUUUGGAAAUGCCAUGUGCAAAAUAAUAAGCGCCGUCUACAGUGUGAAUUUCUACAGCGGUAUCUUCUUCAUAGCCUGCAUGAGUUUGGACAUGUACCUCCAAAUUGUCCACACUGUCACCAUGAAGAACCAUAGGACAAUUUACAAAAGCAUUGUCAUUAGUGCUGCUGUUUGGGUCCUGGCAAUAAUCGUUUCAAUCCCUGAAUUCAUAUUCAGUGAAUCCAGAAAAAUCAAUGAGAAGUAUACCUGCCUCAGCCACUAUGGCGACGGCCAACUGGUGAUCUGGAAGACAACAAUACAACUCCAGGUCAAUGUCAUCGCGUUUAUCAUUCCAUUUUUGGCCAUGAUCAUCUUCUAUGCUCGGAUCGCCUCUGUCCUGCUCAAAUCCAAAUCCUUUGGCAAGGACAAAGCCUUAAAACUGGUCAUCAUAUUGGUCACCGUGUUCUUUGUCCUGUGGUUCCCCUACAACAUUGUCCUUUUCUUGCAUUUGCUAGAAGACCUUGGCGUGAUUAACAGCUGCGAAGUGAGCAAGAGGCUGGAUUAUGCUUUGCAGGUAACCGAGUCCAUCGCGUUCACCCACUGCUGUUUCAAUCCGUUCCUCUACGCUUUUGUCAAUGAGAGAUUUCGGAGACAUCUGAAGAACAUUUUGGUGAAGAUAAUCCAGAAGGUUGGCUGCAAAAAGGAGCUGGGGGUCAUGGCCCCCACGGCAGAGCGCAGUGAAACCAGCAAGCAGCAAUACCUCAUGUAUUCCGACGUGGAAAUGACUGUGGUGCAGUAGUGGGAUCAUAAAGGGGUGUUGGAAAAUUAGAUCGAUUAGAACUCUGUUUUCAUGCUCCAACUCAUGUUGCAUUGGAUCGCCUCAAAGGUAUUAUAACUUGUCAGUAUGUACAGAACACUUGUGAACUGUUAGCCUGACACUGUGAAACACAUUGCAUUUAAGUGACCUGAAUUCCUAGAAAUUCUACCAACCACUGAAUUACCUAUAUCAUAUGGGCCACCACAAUAUGCACCAGUUUCCAUAUAUGUGUCCUCCAAUCUAACCUACUUCAUUCUUUCCCAGUUCUUGCCUCGUUGAGCAGAGAUAGAGUUAACCUAAAGGAAGAGAAUCCUGCACCACCUUCAAAUAUACAGGGAUAGACCAGAUUUAGACAAGCUAUAUAAUUUUUGGUAACAUUAAGGACUAUUGAAGCUAUGCUUGGUGAAUAAUGAAAGAUGCAAGUUAGUUCAAUACUUUAUGAUUUGCCUAUUUCAAUUCUCACUAUUAAAAUCCUGCCCUCUAGGCAGAUCCAAUAAUCCUUUUCUUCAGUAAUGUGGCUAACAACUUGUGUGAUUGCUCUCUCCCACUGAAUGGCAUUAUAAUUCAUAUUAAUUUCUUUGCAUGUUCUCUAACCAUGCAUGUGAGAAUUUGUAAGGCAAGUUGUUUACUGUCUAUGACCUUUCGGUUUGUUGCAAAUAAGUUUAUCUUCUAACAAGCUGCUUAGUCAAUAAAUAGAGAGAGGCUGUCUUAAUUUAAUCACUUUGAAUGCAACUGAGUUUUCUUUCAAGUCACACAUUCAAGGAAACCCGUGCCUAAAGGAAGUAAAAAGAGGGCAGAAACACUACAGAGGAAGGGAACUAUGACGCAGAGGCACAAUGCAGAAUAUUCUAAGAAUUAGAAUUAGAGAGUUUCUCAGUGGAGAGUUAAACUUGCUUAAUCCACUUGACCCUCUCCAUGGCAUAGGCACACUUACUGGGGAUUUUAAUGCGUUAACCGGUUGGCUGAAACAACAUCAAUUUGAAUCCAUAUAGCACCUUUACUGCAGUAAGAUGCCCCAAAGCACUUCUUAGGAACUUAAUUAGACUGGCCAAAAAUGGAGACAUUAGGACAGGUGACCAAAUGCUUGGUCAAUAAGGUAGGUUUUAAGCCACGUCUUAAAGCAGGAGAGAGCUGGAGAGGCAACAAGGUUUGGCGGAGGGAUUCCAGAGAUUAGACAAUCGAAAGCACAGCCACCAAUGGUGGGGUGAAGGAAGUAGGGCAGGCACAUGAGACCAGAGUUGGAGAGAAACAUUGUUCUUGGAAGGUUGCAGGAGGUUGAAGGAGAGGGGUGAUUCUUUCACUCUAUAGAAUGGAUAUUAUUUGCAGGGAAUUGAUUAUCUUGAUCUUCACAACAUUGCUACAUUACUAUCACAAAGUUCAAGGAUAAAGUCAUCUAAAUUACUGCCGAUUGCUUUAUCAAGCUUCUAUCAGUGGCCAAUCUUCAGCCAUGCCCAUCUCCUGCUAUCUCUUUUCCCUGGCCUUUCUUCAAUUCCCUUUCUAUUCUUCAUUUUCAAAUACUUUCCCCUUCAAAUGACAUAAGAGUCUGCCUCAACAAAUGUCUCACAUUCUACUAACCCUCUCUGAGAAAAAUAAUCUCUGGGGUCGCAACAUUCAAAAAUAUUAAAAUGCUCUAGACUUUUAGUGUUAAUCACUCAUGUAACAUUAGACUCUAGACAAUAUCCCUUCUCUGCUAAGUUGUAUGUGCAGAGAAUCAUGGUUUCCUGCGGUUGGGUAACAUUUGUCAACUGUUCUCGCUUUUACAAUGUUCCGUGAUGCACAGGGGAGCUCCAUGUCAGUAAGGUGAACUUAUUAACCAUUAUCCCUCCUGGAGUUUUCUGCCAGCCUCUUUUAUAAUAUUGCUUUUGUGAAUCAUUAUAAAGCUGCGCGUUAUGCAAAGUUAAUAAGCGUAUACUCAAGCAUUAGCAAGAAAGAGAAUCUUUUAUCUCAAAACAACGACCUGUGUCAUAGCCAAUUUGACCUUUCAGUGCUUCGGACUGUAUCUUAAACAUAUACAACAAAUACACAUAUACAUGAGAAUGUACACCUCAAUGUUCAGAGGACUUUCAUACACAAUAUAUAUUAGAAUGUACCUCUUUGAGAGCUCAAUAAAUCUCUAAAAUAUAUAUAAAUGCAA